UAGGAGGGGGAAAGACUGUGAGGAGGACGGGGGAGGGAGGCAGACAGAAACUCGGGGCGCUCCUGCAGACAACGGGAAGCGCUGGUUUGGGUCGCUGAAGGGAAGCUUGCCCAACUCGGAGCAUCCCCCCUCCGUCUCUCGGUCGGGGUUUAACGUGUCAUAGCGGCAUUUGAUUGCCGUCACCACCUGGGCAUUAUUUAUAACCGGCGCAAAAAAAAAAAAUGAUGGGACGUACUGCCGAGCAGAGCAAAGACACUCCCGGAAAUAACAUGCGUACUCUCAGCCUGUCACGUAGGCUCGCUGAGGAUUUGUAUUGCUGAAUGGCUGCCGUAGAUAGAUGACCCACGCUGUCUGAAUAUGUUUAAAAGGCGCACAGAAACAAAUGCGGAGCUUUACAGUGACUGGUGAAAUUAGAGCAGACGAAGGAUUGGGGACAUGAUACUUGCAGUGCUCCUCUCCGUUAGUGGAAGCAGCGGCUCGUUUGGAAAAUGAAGCGAGGAUGCGUGAUACGUGUGUAUGCAUCAGACGACGAGAUCAAAUGGAGAGUUUGGGGCUGACUGAGCUCUUGAAACCAAACUCUCCUCUCGCAUCUAUCGUCUUCUCAGAGUCGCAGGAGAGAAGAAGCCAGCAGACAGAGAUCAACAGCUCAUACCGGACAGACAUGGGUCUGAACAGUUUCUGCGCAGGGCCCGCCGGGACACAGACGGCAGCCGAGCUGCUCGCUGACAUGGCCUCACAGACAAACUCCCCUGGCAUCACCAGCCCAACAAAGCAGUCCAAAAGCGGCGUGCCACUCUACAAUGGCGGGGCGGGGUCUCCGUCGGCCACCGUGGAGGCCAGCCAGGCUGAGGUUUUGGCCCACACGCCACAGGGUUACCCGGCUCAGCUGAAAGGGAUGGGCGCUAAGACUGGUGGAUCUGUCUGCCCCUUCAACAGCAGAGGCCUCAUGAUGGAGAAUGCGGACAGAACUGGUCAUGAGAAAUUCUCUUUAGGAAUUAGGAGAAUCAGCGAGGACCUGAAAGUCAGGCAGGCACAGCAGCAGCAGAAGAGGAGGGGUGGGGAGAACUGGGACAUGGAAUCAGAAAUGCUUAAUGGCCUUGGGAUGGGGUCACCGGGGUUAGGAGGCUCAGCAGACCCGGCUUGUGGAGCAGAGGAGUCAGAUUUAAAGCGGAGGAAGUUAGCAGAUGGAAGUGUUGCUAACAAGUCAUCAGAAUCCCGCAGAAUAGCCCGAGCAGUCGUCCCUCUUAGAGCCACUGUCAACAGCAACAGCAGCAGCUCUUAUAACCAUCCAAACUACCCCCCUGAUAAUGUUAACCUGCGAAAUGGACAUUAUGCUGCACCCUCAGACCCUCCAGCUGUACCAAGCCGGCCCUCCAUUCCAUCCCAGCUGCCUCCUGCGGGAACCGGUUGGUCAGCCGAGCGGGUCGCCAAUCAGUACAUCAUCCCCUGUAUGAAGUACUAUGGUAUUUGUGUGAAAGACAACUUCCUCGGCACGCAGUUUGGCGACAGGGUCAUAGAGGAGGUGGAGGUUCUGAACCAGAGUGGGAAGUUCCGGGGUGGACGGCUGGUAAGCCAGAAGAGUAUUCCCUCCAGGAACAUCCGGGGUGACCAGAUUGCCUGGGUAGAGGGGCAGGAACCCGGGUGCCACAGCAUUGGGAUACUGAUGGCUCAUAUUGACGAGGCCGUCAUGUACAGCGCUGCUAAUGGGCAGCUGGGGAACUGUGUCAUCAAUGGACGCACUAAGGCCAUGGUUGCCUGUUAUCCAGGGAAUGGGGCAGGGUAUGUCCGUCAUGUUGAUAACCCGAAUGGCGAUGGACGCUGCAUCACAUGCAUCUACUAUCUUAACAAGAACUGGGAUGUUAAGACACAGGGAGGUCUGUUGCAGAUCUACCCCGAAGGCAAAAACGUAGUCGCCAACAUCGAGCCUCUGUUUGACAGGCUGCUCAUCUUCUGGUCCGACCGCAGAAACCCACAUGAAGUCAAGCCAUCUUACGCCACUCGGUACGCCAUCACAGUCUGGUACUUUGAUGCCAAAGAGAGGUCAGAGGCUAAGGAGAAGUACAAACUCGCAACAGGACAGAAGGGCAUUCAAGUGCCUGUCACUCAAAACAGCAAGUCAUAAAAACUCCCCCAAGUGUCCAGAGAGCGCUCUCAAAGAAUUAUGUGCCUUCCUGUACCACUAAUGGAUGCUGUGAUCACAAAGGGAGGCGCAGAGAAACCGUCAGCCGCUGCUGCAGCUCCACGCUGCUUUUCUCCCUAGCGUCCAGGUGUUCGAUUCACAUGGCGAGCUGUGGUGUAAAUGUCGGGCUGCUGAUCAAACACUUGGCAGAAAUAACAAGAACACACCGGAGUGGCUAAGAUGCCAAUGGUGGGAUCAGAACCUAAGAGACUAAAGGAAAAAAAAACAAAGACUUCGACUUCUUGAAGGCACUCCCUCCCCCCCUAAAAAAUGACUGUUCUUAUUUUGUUGCAGUUCUGCUUCUUCAGUUAUCAGCAAUGUUGUGAUGUAUUAACAUAUCAAUCAAAGAGCGUGCAAAUUGUUUAAGUCCUAAGUUCCAUUGUCCCACUCGUAUGUGACAAUGGCCUCUUGUCUCUCGAUGUGGCAGAGUGAGUGUGAAAAGAAACAAGGAUCACAUAUUUAUUUCUGACUCGACAUUUGCCCCAAACAUUACAGCUUAGCGCAUGAGGACAAAUUUACACAGCAGUGUUAUUCUUGAGAAGUGCAUCUCAAUAAAUUAGACCAUUAUCACAAAGUUAGUUUCCAUAAUUUGAUUCAGAAAGUGUGGUGACUCUUGACCAGCCACAUCUCUCCCCAAACACUUAAAAGGGCUUUGUCUCAGAAUCCUCACAAAGCUACAGUUCUCUGUUGCUUGUGGAUAUUUUCUGCCACAUUGUUUCCUUCCCCUCAACUUUCCAUUAAUAAAUUGGAUACAGUAUAUUAACUCUUAAGUGCCCUUUGCUUCACAAUACUCUCAAGGCUACAGCUCUCCCUGAUGCUUGUGCAACUUUUUCUAACAAUUUUUGCUUCAACUCAACUUUCUGAUCAUGAUUGGAAAUGGCACUGUAUGAAUAUCUAGCUUCGUCAGCAAUUACCUUUUUAUGGCUUACUGUUUUUGUAGAGGGUAUCAAUGACUGUUUGCUGAAAAUCAGCUGUCUUCCAGUUAUACCCAUUGGUUGUGGGCCUUAUCCUACCAACCUUUUUUCCUUCUAGUCAACUUUCCAAAACUGUGCUUAAAAGAGCACUCAGUAAAAGCAUAUUCUUUAUAAAUGAUCUUUACCCUCCUUGGGAAGGUUGUCAACAAAUGUCUGCUGUGGGCCAUAACAUGGUAAUAAUGUAACAUUUCUGUUUUUAGAUUCAUUUAAUAAGUUCUCUUAGAAUUUAGUCAAUUUAUCUGAAAAAUUGAAUUUUGGGUUUACCUUACCUGCAAGCCAACACUUAAAAAUAUAAUUCGCUGGAUGUUAUGAAUCUAUAUGUAAUUGAAUUACUGAAAGAAAUUAACUUUUCUAUGAUUUUCUAAUUUACUAAGAUGCACCUAUAUAAUACACUAAGCACAUAAACUCUUUCAGGACUUUCUUUUAGCUUAGAAUUAAAAAGAUUCCUAUCCAGAAUCAAAACUGUAGCUCAACAUAAAGGCUAAGAAUCCAUUAUGAAUGUAUAUCGUAGUGAUUUGUCCAUCAGUGUGUUGAAUGAGCCCUGCACACAGCUCACACCUGAGACAAGAGGAAGGCUAUUCUGUAACAGAAGACAAGACAGGGUUUGAAAACGUCCGCCGAGUGUGUUUAUUUCAACUGGACGUAUGUUCUGACCAAGAUGGAAACCGUUUGAGCGACCAGAGUGGAACAAAUAUGCGUGAGGAAUUCCCACAAAAGGACACUGUAGAUAACAGCUUAAUGAAACAAAGUUUGUCUUAAAGACUAUUCAGAGUUUAAAGCACAGAUUUUGUUUUUCAACUAAACACUGGGUGAAGCAUUAGUCUGCCCAUGUGUGGGAUUGAGUAUUUCUAGGUGUAAAUGUGUGUUUGACAGUUUCCCUUGGCCCGGAGAGGGGUCACAGGGAUGGUCUCAGUUUUUUUGCUUGAUUGGUUCAAGAGAAGAUUAUUUGUAAAAAAAAUGCACUUUAUUGUUUAAAUAAAUGCCAUGCGUGAAUGAUAGAAAUAGUGUGACUAAAGAUUUUAGGUUAAUGCCUUUUAAUGCUGUGGAUGAUUCAAAUGCAAUACAAAGUAAAACAGUAAGAAGAAAUUAAUGUUUUGCCUUGUUUUGAAGUAUUAUAUUAAAAAUGUUUUUUUUUCUUCCUAAUAAAAAUUGUUAUUGAUUUACUAGGAUAAGAAGGAGAAAUUAAAUGUAUCCGUUUAAUAUGGGGGUCAAAACUACCAAUACAGAGAGUUUGCCAAGUAUAUCGGUGAAAUGUAUCUGGAAAAAUGAGCAUUAUUCAUAAAACAAUCUGUUAAAGAAAUUACAAGUAGAUCAGCAACUAUUUAUUUGUUCAGUUUUUUUUCCGCACAUAAUUGAAGUAAAUUUCACAAAGGAGAAGAAUACACCUUUAGCCAUAAUUCCUUUAAAGCACGUUGCUCUGAUGGACGCCGCAGAAAUGGACCAUACAGGGAGAGUUAAAGGGAUAGUUUGGGGGGUGUGAUUUUUCAGAUUUUCAGUCAGCAAUUCAACAAGAAUGCUCCCUGUCUGAGGUUGCAAAGCAGCCUUGUGGGCAGUAUCCAAUAUGUGUGCUACACACACACACCAUGCUGUGAAAGUUUGAUAUAUGGACUCUAAGCUGUUUGAUGGUUGGUACUUUAUUAAUCCAUGUUUUUAGCAAGAAACCAUACAACCUCUCUUUGUGAAUUUGUUUAGUAAUUGUAUCGAGAAUGGGGAUGUGAAGCACACUUCUAGAGUCUUAAAACAACUCAAGAAUAUCAAAAAUGCCAUAGCAGUUUUUUCGAACACUAUUUUUGAACAUUUGGACCAACUUCACUGGAUAGUAAGAGAUGGAAGUAGUGCGACACAAGUCAUCUUCCUGUUUGAAACAUAUACUGAGAAGGUAACAUGUAAAAGGUUUCCAAACCCGACAGACAAAAAAGAAUUUGAGUGAAUGCUAUUUUCUGAUUUUUACACUGUUGUUGAAUUUAUCACAUGCUCAGAGGGAACUAGCCGUUAGGUUACAGAUGUAAACUAAUCAGUAAUCCCCUCUCAGAUCAGCCAUUAGCAGACCGAGAGGGAAGUUGUCAUUAGCUACAGUCUCCGUGACUUUACUCUAAAUCAAGAGUUCUCUGUUGCAGGUACUUUAAAAAAAUCACUUUGGAUUAAGAUGUCGAAGCCUGGUUUGUGCAGACAAAUUCAACGCUUGUCCAACUGGGUCCAAGUCAUAAUCGGAUGUCUUUUCAUAGGAUUUAAACUUUUUUUUUUUUUUUUUUUUUUUAAAUUAAAGUUUUUAAAAGGAUUUAACAACUAUUUAUACUAUCGAAACAAAACUCAACUUUAAAAGUUUGAGCUACACCUUUAAUCUGACCUCUACAUUGAAUUUAGAGUUUCGGUAAUUCUCAUUAUUUAUACAGCUACAGUAAUUGCUAUGUGAAUCUGUAAAUCGGAAAUAUUGGAACAGAAUUUAAACAAGGCAUUAGGAAUGACCGGAUCCAUGUGGAUUCAAAUGAAUGAUGAACAAAUAAAUAAAGAUGAGACGAUCCUUCAAAUUGUCACAUAUAUACCUGU